AGUAAGCUCAUCCUGCCAAUUGUCUACAAGAACUGGAAGAAAGGACGAAAGAAAAAACUGCCCGGACCAAGGUACCUACGUGCAUAAACCUCUCCGACCUUUUGGUAAGGAAAAUUCCCACCCCCCACUUGGCUCCUAAUAAAGCCUGCAACAACGUAUUCGCACAUCCCCUCCUUCCCGCCUUUUUCUUUAAGGUACUACUACCUCCCGCUCCCGCUUCGAAUCUUUUUCUGCUUUUCCCUUCUUCAUCCUCAUUCUACUUCCUCUCCUCUUCAGCGCCUUCUUUUUGUGACCUCAACCCCGUCAUCACCAGAUAACCAGAGUUGUUCGGGCCUGCCCAGCUUUAACCGUUACCUUUUUCUCUCACAUCCUUCUCCUUCUUCACCUAAUCCUCACAAUGUCUGCUACCAACGGCACCAACGGCGUUCACGCCGAGCUCUCCUCAUGGAAGCACUACAACGAGGGUUCUUUCCUCUUCACCUCCGAGUCCGUCGGUGAGGGUCACCCGGACAAGAUCGCUGAUCAGGUUUCCGACGCUAUCCUCGAUGCUUGCCUCAGGGAGGAUCCCCUCUCCAAGGUUGCUUGCGAGACUGCCACCAAGACUGGUAUGAUCAUGGUCUUCGGUGAGAUCACCACUCAGGCCAAGCUCGACUACCAGAAGGUUGUCCGUGACGCCAUCAAGGACAUCGGCUAUGAUGACUCUGCCAAGGGUUUUGACUACAAGACCUGCAACUUGCUCGUCGCCAUCGAGCAGCAGUCUCCCGAUAUCGCUCAGGGUCUUCACUACGAGAAGGCUCUCGAGCAGCUCGGUGCUGGUGACCAGGGUAUCAUGUUUGGCUAUGCCACUGAUGAGACACCUGAGCUCUUCCCCCUCACUCUCCUCUUCGCCCACAAGCUGAACGCUGCCAUGUCCGCUGCUCGCCGCGACGGUUCUCUGCCCUGGCUCCGACCCGACACCAAGACCCAGGUCACCAUUGAGUACAAGCACGACAACGGUGCCGUUGUCCCUCAGCGCGUCCACACCGUUGUCGUCUCCGCUCAGCACUCUCCCGAUAUCUCCACUGAGGAGCUCCGCAAGGAGAUCAAGGAGAAGAUCAUCAAGAAGGUCAUCCCCGCCAAGUACCUCAGCGACGAGACCAUCUACCACAUCCAACCCUCUGGCCUCUUCAUCAUUGGUGGUCCCCAGGGCGACGCUGGUCUGACCGGCCGAAAGAUCAUCGUCGAUACCUACGGUGGCUGGGGUGCCCACGGUGGUGGUGCUUUCUCCGGUAAGGAUUUCUCCAAGGUCGAUCGAUCUGCUGCCUAUGUCGGCCGAUGGAUUGCCAAGUCCCUCGUCAACGCCAAGCUCUGCCGACGUGCUCUUGUCCAGCUCUCCUACGCCAUCGGUGUCGCUGAGCCUCUCUCCAUCUACGUCGACUCCUACGGCACCUCCGAGAAGACCUCCGAGGAGCUUGUCCAGAUCAUCCGAGACAACUUCGACCUCCGACCUGGUGUCAUUGUCCGUGAGCUCAACCUGGACCAUCCUAUCUACCUCCAGACUGCCAAGAACGGCCACUUCGGUACCAACCAGUCCUUCAGCUGGGAGCAGCCCAAGGAACUCAAGUUCUAAGUUGACCAUCGACAUUGUAUCAAAACACCAAAAGAGUAUUCAACAGCUCUAUGCAUGCAUCUUGAAGAUGUUUAAUCAGUUCAUUUGAUUUAGCAAAUAUAGGCGGCGUACGGUUCUCAACGAAACCUGUGUAUCUCCCACCGGAAGGGAGGACGGUCGGUUUCCGGCUUUUAUUUUGUUUAUAAUUUCUAUCCAGAAAGCCAAUUCGGUUAUACGGUAGUGGGGAUUCUUUUGCGAUAUAUACCAGGCACGGAGUGGGCGUCUUUCAACAAAGACAUAUUAGGGCAAACCUGCAUUUGUGAGGCGAAGCAAAAAAGUCAACAGAGACUUGCAUUUUAACGAUACCACGACAAGGGAAUGACAAAAGACGACGCGUUCGUGUGAGAGCGGCGUUUUGACGAGGAAACAAAAGAACUUCAACAUCUUUUUCUUUCCUGGAUCUCUAGCCGAGCUGAUGCAGUAAGUGGGCGAGACCAUGACGCGGUGGAAAUUGGAUGGAUCAUUGGCAAGAAUGUCAAUCUUGGAGAGAAGUAACUGGAGAGUGAAGGGCUAGUGAUAGAUAUGCCCUGUCGCUGCGAACCGAGACAGCAGCUAGGCCAAGAAAGAAAUCACGUCAAGGGAAUACUCGUCCAACAUGCGUUUGCUGUGAAGUCUGAUGUCUUCUGCCCAAUAUACGGGGAGGAAGACUGCUUGGAACCCGCCACAUUACCGAGCGUACUUGUGACUUGUCAAGGUCCUCGGUCACCGACCUCAACAGAAAGGAGUCUAUGGAAGGGUAUGUGCCAUCCAUUGUGAUGAGCCCUCCCAACAGCAACGACGGUCUACAGUUGAAAACCCGCCAUGGCAAUAUAGGUGCACAAGGCCGCUAGCCUCCUCCAUCCGGUUGUAUGGACAAUCGAACUGGGUGAAGCCGAUGUCCGGUGCCGUAAAAACUGUCGCCAAGUCUCGACCCCUAGACUCAUCUGGACCGUGUUGAGUCUAUUGCUUGAAGCCGCGCUGCGCCCAUUCCAACAGCAGCAUAUCAGCAUGUUGGAGCAUAGAUGUUUAGAUUUCAAGUCUGAAGAGUAAACCAGACAACUGGCUGGCACCAUGAACUUUAGUCCAGUGAACAUGUAGUGCGUCAGUUGCCAUCUAAAGAAGCUUACCACAAAUGGAGACGAGAAAGACCCAGCUGUCCACGAGAAAAGGGGUGCCCCAGAUCCUGGAAAUCCGGAAGCGCCUCCAUGUGGUAAUCAUUGCUUUGAGCCAUUCCCACCAACAGCUGCUUCCUUUGCUAAGAACUUUUGGAGUUGAACGGCACCUCUCCAACUCAUUGUGUAAUUGUGUUUGACGUGGGGUGGGAAAUGUCGAAUCUUCUGACAUACGAGUAUAAGAUGAAGAAGCCUAUCUGCCUUUCAGAUACCUUUGUUUUAUCAGACCUCCACAUCAUUCUUGGAGCCCCUCAAUCUAAAUCCAGCGUUGUGUUAGGACACAGGGGGGAUCGAUGCACAUGCUGGUCUUGUGAUGAAAACAUCAGCAGAGUAAUUUUUGUUUCGGCGAGGAAGAGUACGGACAAACGGGUGUUGAGAAAUGAAGCAGGAAUGAAGGUACCUCUCGCGAAAGUAUUAUCGACGAGAAACAAGGCAACUCGCCUCCUCAACGAUGGUUGAAGGCCGGGAUCAGUGUCAGCAUGUUGAUGACGCUACCUGGAAGCGAGACCAGCAAGUGACACCAUGGUGACUUUUUGGAUCCAUUUCUCGCAGAAUCGAGAACAAUUGUUCACACUCCGCGUCCUGUAAUUUGCAGAAUGGCGCCGAGCUUGGUACUGGCCAGCUGCUUUGCAGCUUUAUGACCCAGGCCCCAGUGGCCGCACAAUGACGAUAUGGAUGUGUGUACUUGAAGUAAUGGACAGGACUCAUUGGUACCGACUAGACCAUAGAGGCUGCACAAAAUACCUGUAAUUCAAAAGGGCUCCCAGAGGAUCCACGUUCCAUGGCCACUCAACAAGUACCAACAAGUUAACCUCUGCAUGAGGAGAUAUGAAGGGUAUUUCAGUACAGGCAUUCGAAAAAACGACCUUGUGCAAUUAAUUGAGAAGCCUUACUUUGCACUGAGAAGUCCACUGGCUCAUGCUCCCUCUCGCUUAUGAUCAUGGCUUAUAUCCAGGUCAAUGAGGAGGAAGACACGGCUUGCCAUAAGCUUUCCAACUUGGCAACAGGUGAUAGUAUCAGACCGUCUCAAGGGCAAAAAGGAACACACAGAGGCUUGAAGAACAUGCCUUGACUUUGAGACAUAUUCAAAAAGCCUCGAGUUGUUUGCUUGGUGGCUUACAAGCCCAGUCCUUCGAUCCGAAAACCCAGAUGUGCCGUUGAGCAAGUUUAGGGCAUUCCGUUUUCCGAGCUGAAAGAAUUAUUGCUCAAACUGCUCAACAUGCUUCAAUUGGAGGGGCGUGUAGUCUUCAUCAUCCCGUAUGGUAUGGAUAAACGUGGGAGGGACUACCAACAGACCAUAGGCAUUGUUCUUUGGUAAAGGGUGUACUAUCAGAAGCUGACGGCAUGCCACAACUGCGACUGUAGGAGGAGUAGACUCUCGUCUCAUAAUCUGCAGAUCUUUGUUUGUUUGAGACAUAAAUUAUGCGAAUAAGCCUGCGCGGUGGGGGCAGCCCGAUCAGCCAACGAUGUCGGCACUUGACGAACGGCUAUGCUGAAGCGGAGUCGCACCAUGAGUACCAGGAGUGAAAUACUCAGCCAACUGGACCUUUUGAUCAAUAGUUGUCACAGGUGAAACGACCUUUCCUUAGUACCUCUAGUUGUUUUAGGUAAACAUUGUAGCUGAUGCACCACAGGCUUAUACCCAUAACACCAAUAACCGCCUGUGAAUAUUGAGUGGAACGUAGUGAGGCCCAGAGUUGCUAACUGGUAUACUCUGCAUUGCAGUGUGUCGAGAACCAGCAGGCCGGAUGGGAAGAGGAUCGUCCCGGGUACGCCAUUAUAGCGUAGUCACUCUGCUGGUAUUCUGGGCUUGGACGCUGAAGGAUAAGGCAGUAUGGAAAGUGAAAAUUGGGGCCAGGGCCCAAGCUUGAAUAGACAGCAGAACCGAGGAGAUGGAUUGGCAGUCAAAAGGCUGCUUUGCUUAAACUGGUUAUGGUUCUGCAGGAGGUACGGACGCAAGAUAUGACGCCGCGGACCUGGUAGACGUUGGUGAGCAGUGCAUGGACAUUUGUUUGUUUGUUAGGAAAUUGAACGGGCAAGGUUUCCUUCGGCGAAUUAUACAGAGCGUGAGUGGGCAAUGAGAGAUUGUUUGUCGGUAAGGAGGUGGUGUGGUGUGGUAGACUGUCUAGACUGUCUGAAGGGUGUAAGUCCCCGAGAUGCAUCACGGCAGGGAUGAUGGAUGGUUGUGACCGUUUGGAACAUGCACUUGUCAGCCCAAAAAGGGAAGCUCGUAAGGGGGGCGUUUCUACCUAGGUAUCCUCUAUUGUCGACUGUCAUGGGUACAUUUGUGUUGGCUGAGGUACCUACCUAUACAGAAGCGAGCUUGAGUUAUGAGAGUUCUGUGGAGGAUGCGGAAGGCGGCAGAAGUCCGUAAAUAUGGGCCUGUGCUACGGGCGCUAGACCCGAAGUGGGCCUCAAUAGGAAGCGAAUAGGCGGCAGGUGUCGCCCGUGGUCGGUGCCUCGACUCAGCCCAUUCGGUAGGGACUGCGCGGCUGACGGGGGUUUUACGGGGGCUAUUCGACAACAAUACCAAGCGCGUCUGGGGACAAUAGGAAGCAACAAGCCGCCAAGCCGCGCCCCGAAAGCCACCUUGACGCCUUCCGCUUUCGCAUCGGCCAACCACGUCCUGCUAAAAGGUUCGCUUUUCCAAUGUCGGUCGUGACUGACUGAUGUUCAGCUUGGAGUCAGCACUUUGAUGCACUGAGGUUGGUAUUGAUGACUUGGUCUCUAGAAUGUGAUGAUCAUGAAGAAAAGUGAUACAAUAAACGAUCAUCUUUUGACGAGCUAAGGAGUAAGUACUAGAUGUACCUAUGUAGGAAGGUUACGGACCUUGAUGGUUCCUUCAUUCAGGUGCUUCCUCUUGGUCCCUGAACUUAAGGUAUUCAUGCCGUGGUACAUGUAGGUUAGGUACCAGUAUUGUUGAUCUCCGAAACCUUGCGUUGAAACUCCCC